AUGGCUGAUAACACGGUCCCUAGGAAGAAGUGGUGGAAAAUCCAAUGGUAUUCCGACGAUGAUACCCCCGAGGAGCGGAAGUUCAUCAUCAAAUUGGACCUCAUCGUGGUUCCCUACGCUGUCCUGGCCUAUUGGGUCAAGUAUAUUGACAACGCCUAUGUCGGAGGCAUGAAGGAAGAGCUGGGUUUCGAAGGCAACGAGCUUGUCGAACUUCAGACUAUGUAUACUGUCGGUGCUGUGGUCGGCAUGAUCCCUUUCAUGUUCCUGUUUACGUACAUUCCUAUGUACUGGACGAUUCCUGCUAUGGAUAUUCUUUGGGGUCUCUUCACACUGUUGCAAUACCGCGCCCAUUCUUUCGCAGAGUUGGCAGCGUACCGCUUCCUGGUCGGCUUCUUCGAGGCUGCCUUCUUUCCGGCUAUGCACUACGUCUUUGGCUCUUGGUACCGAGGUCACGAAAUUGCACGUAGAGGCGGCAUCUUCUACACUGGUCUCAAUCUCGGAACUCUCACAGCAGGCCUGAUCGCAGCAGGUGCCUCACACCGCCUUGAAGGUGUCAACGGGAUGUCUGGUUGGCGCUGGAUGUACAUUAUUUGUGCCAUCAUCACCAUCCCCGUCGGCAUCCUUGGCUAUUUCCUCCUCCCCGGCACCGUCGAGCAGCCGAACCGCUGGAUCCUCAAUGACCACGACCUCAAGAUCGCCAAAGCUCGCCUCGAGCGCGGUGGUCACGUCACGCGCGGAAAGUUUAAGCUUGGACAUCUCAAGCAGAUAUUCCUCAGCCCGCAGUUCUGGACCGUCGUGCUUGUUGAUGUGCUCUUCUGGAACGCCGGUAUCCAUAAGAGCACGGGUAGCUUUCUCCUGUGGAUCAAAAGCUUGGGCCGCUAUAGCCCAGCGCAGAUCAACGAGAUGGGAACCAUUGCGCCGGCUUUGGGUAUUCUGUACAACAUCGUGGCAUGCUUCUUGUCCGACCUCGUGCUGGGACCGGCGUGGGCUAUCACAUUCUCUUCGCUCUGGAACGUAACGGGUCUAAUCAUGCUCGUGGUCUGGGAUAUUCCGGAGGGUGGCAAGUGGUUCGCAUUCUCAACCAUGUAUUGGUCUAACGCGCUCUCGAGUGUGUUACACGGCUGGGUCAAUACGAUUCUCCGAGACUCUCCCGAGCAGCGUUCAUUUACCUUGGUCAUGAUUACCAUCAUUGCCCAGUCAUCAACGGCAUGGACGCCUUUGUUGACCUUUCCAACUGUCGAAUCUCCGAGCUACCCAAAAGGUUUCUCGUUCUGCCUAGGCUGUGCCGUAGCACUGAUUGCUGCAACUCAUGUUCUAAAUAUUUACAUCAAGCGCAAGGAGUAA